AUGGAGCGCCCCAGCGCCUUUCCGCGCAGUGACCCCAGUGACCCCAGCCCCGGUGGUCUCGGCCGGGCUUUGUUCCGGCGUGGCGACAACGUUUGCCGUGGCGUUUUGGCAGCCAAUGGCCUUUACGGUUCAGUGUCCACAGCAUGUCGAGUGCAACGGCAGCGAAAGCUCUACCCUGGGGUGGACCAUGAACAGGACCCUUGGAGAGAAGUGCCCUGGGGCCAGUUGCCGCCCUUGGCUACGGAGCUUCUGCAACGGCUGCAGCAGUUGCAGAGAGACAUGGAGGCGGCAUAUGGUCCGCAUUUGGAGCCCUGGGAUGUGCGAAUGGCAGAAUUGGAGGAAGUGUUUCGUCCUAAUCGCUGUGCCUGCACCUAUGGUGAGCUGGAUCACUUCGGCUUCGCCCGGCUCUUGCAGGAGGCCUCCCUGGGCCCUGGCCACAGCUUCGUGGAUGUCGGGAGUGGCCUUGGAAAGCUGGUGGUGGCUGCUGCCUGCGUAACGCCAGAUGAAGUCCCCUGCUAUGGGGUGGAAAUAAGCCCUUUCAGGCAUCAGACUGCACAGGAAGGACUUCAAGGUCUGCAAUCCAUGGGCAGCAUCACCCGACGCGAGGCAGCUCGUGUGCAGCUGCUGUUGGGCAACUGCGGGGACGAGCAAAGCAACGGAGUUCCCUCCCAACUGCUGGAAGCAACGCAUCUGAUUCUGACCAUGCGAAGGAGCACCAAAGCAGUGAACCAACUCUGCAAGGCGCUGCAGGCUUACGGGCCGUUGCCCAAUGGUUCCAGUGCUCAGAUAUCAUCCACAGUCUUUCCACAAAGCUUUGCGAUGGCAGAAGCGGAAGACGAAGAUGCACCAGCUGCGGCAGAGGAGUGGCAGAGGCUGAAGCCGCAGGUCUAUGAGGACGUGCAGCUGAACUACCGCUUAAUUUGCGAGGGCUCACCGGACUCACAGGUUGCGCGCUAUGGCGCUGUGGAGCGUUCCUUCUGUCGCCUGGAUGUCUCGGGUCGGCCUUCCGUGGAGUUCUUCCUUGGAGAGGAGAUCAGCUACCCCGUGACGGGAGAGGCUCACAUCUUCGAACCCAAGGCUGCAGAGCCGAUGCCUCGAUGGCUCACCGAGGCGGCGCUGUUGCUGAAGCGCGCGGGGGCAAAGGCGGAGCUGCUGGAAGGCUCCCCGUUGCAAGUCUCUUUGGUCUCGGUACAGCAGGGCCUUAUGUUGCUCCCAGAUGGAGUGAUGUUCAGGCGUCUCCAUGGGGCGCCGCUGCUUCCGCCCACCGGUCCUGGCCUUCCCAGAGAUGCUGCCACGGUGAAAGCCGCCUGGCGCGUGUGGUUCGCCCGCAACGGGGAGCUGGUGAUGAACACAGGAAACGAUCUCUGGGAGGAGGAUGCUGCGGUGCAGCUGGUGAUCGAUGAGGAUGAGCUGAUGAUUCCCUUGGAGAUGGGCCUCAAGCAGUUGCAGGCCGGUGCUGCUGGAUGCCUCCGAGUUUCCGAGCGCUGGGGCUUUGGUGCGCUGAUGCCCGCAGGAAGCCCAACGCUGAGGGGCGCUGAUGUGUGGAUUGAGCUGGUGAUGCACGAGGUCAUCAACCCGCCAGAAGCCAGCGACUUUGCGGAUGACGCCGCUCGCCUGGAGUUUGCGCAGAGGAGGAAGGAGCAGGGCAACGGCCACUUGGCGCGUGGCGAGGUGGGCGGCCUGGCACGGGCCGUGCGGCGCUAUGCCGAGGGGGCCGCAGCGCUGGCAGGUUGCGAUGAAGGGCAGGGGCUGCGGAUCGCUCUGCAACUCAACGGUGCACAGGCGCAGCUGCGGAGGGAGCGCUUCGACGAAGCGAUUGGGCUGUGCGAUCUCGUGUUGGCCGAAGAGCCCAACGUCAAGGCCUACUAUCGCCGUGCAGCUGGCAAGCAACAGCUUGGUGAUUUGGAUGGCGCCUAUGAAGAUCUGAAGCUGGCGGCACAGAUGUCGGAGGAUGCUUCUGUACGACAGCAACUGGCCAAAGUGCAGGUGCUGCGACAGAAGCGAAAGGAACAAGAGCGACAAGCUUAUGGAGGCGUCUUUGAGAAAAUGAGACAGCAGGAUGAGGAACGAGCGAAGAAGGAAAAGGAAGCGGAGGAGAGGAGGGCCAAAGAGGCACAAAAGGAAGCGGAAGAACGUGCCAAAGAGGCGCGAGAAAUGGAGGAAAGGAUGGCCGUGGAAGAGGCCGCGAAGGACAAGGCCGAAGCUGCCGUCGACUCGCUGAUGGGGAAGUCCGAGGAACCAGAAGAAGUGGAUUUCCGAAGCGUUCGCUUGUCUACCAGCCAGCCUGAGGAGAAGGGGAUUGCGGCCCUGAUGCCUCCAAGCAACACGCACAUCACGCAGCCGCCACCACCAGUGGAGGACUAUCAGGUGCCAUCCUUUCUGCGGCGGAAGCAAAAAACAUCGAGUUUGAAAGAUUCCAAAGGCGAAUCCAAAGUGGCAGCCAAAAAAAAGAGCUCUGGAUGGGAUGCUGGAUGGGACUUGAAGGGGAUGGAGGCCUUCAGGAAAGUCAUAUCAUCAGUUCUGAGUUGUACCAAGAUCAGUUUACAGUAGGUCUUGAAACCUUAACUCUUGCCCGGCUUGCCCCCUGAAAAAACGAAGGUGGCUUUGUGCUUUGCAUCGGUUCCAGGGUAUCUCCAGAAUCGCCAAGGUCGACUGCGAACCUUGUGGUCAGUCACAAAGCACAUCAAAAU